AUGGCGGAGGCGCCACCUCGCUCGCUAUUCCAUCCGAUCAAGGUGGGCGACGUGCACGCGGCGGAGAUGGACCGCCUGCGACUCGACCUGUGGGCGGCGCGCAUAGAGUGCAGCGAGUUAAGGGGUCAACUAGAGGCGCGGUCGGAGCGCGUGCUGGAGGAGGAGCGCCUGGCGGGCGCGAGGGGUGCGCGCGAGGAGGCGCAGCGCCAGGUGGAGGAGGCGCGGGGCGAGGCGGCGGUGGCGAGGCGGGAGGCGGAGCGGGCGAGGCGGUAUCACGAGGAGGAGGUGGCCGUGCUGCUCGGCGCGCACCGCGACAAGGAGGCGCUCUGGCAGCGCAAGGUAGCCGCGGGGAGCAAGGCAGCCGCGGGGGGCAAGGCAGCCACGGGGGGCAAGGUAGCCGCGGGGGGCAAGGUAGCCGCGGGGGGCAAGGUAGCCGUGGGGGGCAAGGUAGCCGCGGGGAGCAAGGCAGCCACGGGGGGCAAGGUAGCCGCGGGGGGCAAGGUAGCCGUAGGGGGCAAGGUAGCCGUGGGGGGCAAGGUAGCAGAGCCCGUCCAGAGCCGUGCGUCAUGCACGCCUGAGCAGCUUGUGGAGCAGGCCCUCCUCACGCAUCCGCUCUCGCUGUGCCUUGUCUCGCCAUUGCCUCUUCACAUGUGCUUCACCGUCACUCGCUGCCUCUUGCGCCCACUGCCUGUGUGCGCCCAUCCCCUGGUCUCUAUGUGCACACUCGCGCGCGUGUGUGCGGCGCGGCAGGAGGUGGAGCUGGAGCACGAGCUGCGCCACCUGCGCCACCGACUGGCAGACGCACGCAACGCGCUGUGUGUGGCGGAGGCAUGUGCGCAGGGCGCGCGGGAGGACGGCAGCAGUGCCACGGCCCUGCUGCGCGGGCAGCUGGCGGGGGCGCUGCGGGCGGCGGCGGAGCGGGAGAGGGAUCAGGAGGAGGCGAUGCAGUGUGUGGAUGGCGAGCUGGCGCGGCUGCAGGGGCAGGCGGACGCCGCCGCGCAGCGCGAGGAGCUGGCGGCGGCGCUGAUCGACCGCCUGCAUGCGGAGAACAAGGCGCUCAGAGGCGCGCUGCAUGCUGCACACGCGGGCGGGCGUGGCAGCAUGGUGGCGAGCAGGGGGCGCGUGGAGCUGGAAUGCAGCAGAUUGCAGGCAGCACAGGGCGAGGGUGGAGACGUGGGGGAAGGGAGGUCCGUGCAGCAGGUCCCAGGAGGAGUGGCGCGGCGAGAUAUGGUUGAAUCCAGAAGAUCACAGGCCCCACAUCCUGAUGACACUGGCCGUGGCGGUGGAGGUGGUGGUGCAGGGGGUGCAGAGGAAGCAAGGCGUGGCUGUGACGACCGGGGUGGAGCUGGUGGAGCGCAUGGUGGGCAGGCUGCGGCAGGUGCAGGGGGGUCAAGGCGAGUAGGGGGGGCAGAGGUGCAGACCGGCAGCAGGGAGUGGAGGGAGGGGGGUUUGUGUGGUGGUGCAUUUAAUCAGGGAGCGUGGCUGAGUGCUGUGGAGGGGGAAGAGCCUGAAGGCCCACCGGAGCAGUGGCGUGAGAGUGGUGGCAGUGAGCAGUGUGCGGCACACGCUGACAGCGCUUGCGGCAUGGAGGAGCAGUGCGGCGGCGAGUACGAGUCGACGUUCACGCUGCCGGUGCCCCGGCAGGGCGCGUGGAGCCGCGCCAAGGAGGCGGCGGCGCUGUACUAUGCGGGGAUAGCAGGUGAGGAGGGCGAGCAGGAGCAGCGGGAGAGGCAGCUGGAGGAGGUGCUGGCGGAGAACGCACGGCUGGAGGAGCAGCUCAGAGCGUUGCAGGCGCAGGUGGCGGGGGCACAGCGCGCGGUGGCAUGGCAGGGGCGGCUGCGGCAGCGCGUGCUGCAGCUGCGGGUGUGUCUGGAGCUGACGAGCAAGGUGGUGGACGUGAAGGACCGCGCCCUGGAGCUCGCCGUGCACCGCGCCCGCUCCGCUGAGGCCCGCUGCGCCCACUUGGACCGCCACCUGCUGCCUUCCGUGAGCACUGCUGCCCCCGCUGCCCUGUGCGAGUGCGGCAGCCCCCAAGCUGCGAAAGGGGCAGAUGGCUGUGAGGGCAUUGUGGAUGCGGGGCUGCAGAGAAGGUGCGCGGUGGCGGCGACUGGGACUGUGGGCGAGGAUGCGCCAGGGGUGCAGCACGGAGGCGAGGCAGGUGCGGCGUCAAGGCAUCGGGAGGGUGGCGCCCAGGAGGAGGGCAGGCUGGAUGGCGCAGAGGAGGCGGGCGUGUCAGUGCCGGAGGCGGGUGGUGAGCAGUGCGUGGUGGCGACGGUGUCCACUGGCAGCUCAGGCCGGGCCGGCAUGCGUCGCAGGAGCAGGGCGCACAUGCAAGGCGGCAGUGAGGCGAGCGGAGAGGAAGAGGAGUGGCCAGCGGUGGGGCUGCAGGAGCUGCAGGCGAGGCGGGACGCGCUGCUAAUCGCCAUGCACGGGCUGCGGGAGCGCGCAGCCCUGGCUGCAGAGACGCGGCUGCGAGCGGCAGCGGUGAUGGGGCGCAAGGGCAAGGACAAGCGCGGUGAGGUGAGGGAGAUGCUGGCAGCGGUGGAGAGCGAGGCAGACGAGGCGCGUGUGCUGAUUGAACGCUCAGAGAGGGUGGUGGCCAGGAUGGCCACACUGGAGCGACGAGGAAAGGUCCUGGAACGCAAGAUUGAGAGCAAGCGCCUCCAACUAGUCCAUUUGGAAAAUAAGUUUCACCUGGCUCCUGAACCAGCUGGUGUUAAGGUGACUUGCUUCUCGUGGAAGUUGCGAUUUAUUUAG